CUGUUCUUCCGCAUGUUGGUGCCUGGCUACCGGAUUGGAUGGUUAUCUGAAGGAACAAGGAAUCUGAAGGACUUGUAAGGCAGUUCGAUUGCAUAGCAAGGUGGUAUUUCAACGUGAGGAUGCAGCAGGGACACAAUACGCAACAAUUUCAAGGAGCUGUCCGAUUACAGAAUGAAAUCUCAUUUGAGGAAUUGAAUGAAGAAGAGCAGUGGAGAAUUGAGCACACAAAACUGCACGAAAAACAUCGAGGACAUGAACAAAUGCAUAUGGAGAUCCUUUUGAUAUUGAUAGUAACAUUGGUUGUAGCUCAAAUUGCACUGGUACAGUGGAAAAAAAGGCACUUCAAAUCUUAUCAGCUAUGUACACUUCUGGGCAUGUGGUUAAUUCCUGUAUUUAUAUGUGUCCAGAGAUACUGGUGGAGAUUUUUGAUAACGUGGAUUGUAUAUUCCGUACUUUCAACUGUGAUUUGGUACAGAGCUACUCGUCCACAAAUAUCAGGAAAAACACCAAGACUGGUUUAUAAAUGGUUCUUAUUUUUACAUAAACUGAGUUAUGUUCUCGGAAUAGCGGGAUAUGUUUUUAUCAUGUUCACUUUACUGGGAUUGAAUCAUAUAUUCGCCAUAAGAGCACGAUUCUUAAUGGAUGCUGGUUUACUGCUUUUGUUUUAUGGCUUAUAUUAUGGAGUACUGGGUCGUGAUUUCGCACAUAUAUGUACGGAUCGUAUUGCAUCCAAAAUUGGAUAUUACACGGAGGAAGGCUUGCCCAAGAGAAUUCUUGAAGCGGAUGUUUGCGCAGUGUGCGGGAAUCAUCUUGAGAUUGACGAUACAGAAACUGACUACGAAUCAACAUAUCGUUUGUCAUGUGGACAUUUAUUUCAUGAAUUUUGCAUCCGCGGUUGGUGUGUUAUUGGUAAACAACAGACAUGUCCCUACUGCAAAGAGAAAGUCGAUCUUAAAAGGAUGUUUAGUCAUCCGUGGCAGAAACCUCAUCUGUUCUAUGGGCAAUUGUUAGAUUGGAUUCGAUAUCUGGUUGCAUGGCAGCCAUUAAUUGUCACUUUUGUAAAGGGAGUUAAUACUUAUUUUGGUCUCGAAUAAUAUAUCCAGUGGUUUUAGGAAUUCUUUUGCUUUCCAGAAAUGUAAUUUUACAAACUCUUCGGCUAAAAAUUUGCUCAAGUGUAAUUUUCAUAAAGAUAUUCGUUCUUGCUGUACCUUGUGAUUAAGAGACAGCCUGUUAAAAAUAAU